AUGGGCUCUUCAAGGACCAUCUCCGAAGCCAAACUCGGCUUUCUUCGUGACCAAGUUCGCGUGCUUUCUGCACCGCUCAACCCGUCCCCUGACUGGCACGAAUACGGCCCAGUAGUCGAGGACGGCAUAGGCGACAAGGCCAUCGGCGAGGUACUGCAGAAAUUCAACACGCUUUUGAAACAGCAUAACCGUGCCGUCUUCUCGACACAGGCCAUACAUCAUGUCUCCCAGCAGAUUGAGCGGCUUUACUGGAACUCCAUCAACCCCGAGUUUGGCGAAGAGGGCUCGCGACAGCCUGACAUCGACAAGGGUGCUGACUUGACGAACAGCAGAAAUAUAUCUCGACUGCCGGAUGAGUGGCCGGAGGACGGAAUGAACGAGGAGGAUAAAUCUCGAUACAACUUGCUUCGAGAGAGACUUAUCAGCCUUGAUGCAGAACGGAAGAAAAAGGAAGACAGACUACUUCAAUAUAAGCGGUUAAAGAGCCUGCUGGAACCAUUUGAGGAUCCCAUGAAUACCAUCCAGCCUAAUCUUGCUACAAGGGAUGGUGAGCUUGGAGCCGAACUAGACCGUAUGAGGAUGCUGCUGGCCAAGGUAGCAAGCAAAGUUGGAAGACUUCAGAGUGACAAUCAAAGUCCUGAGAAAGACCCAGACGCUAUUAUGGACACAGAUGAGAAGCUGGCAAGGCUACUGGAUAUGACCUGA